AUGAAGAGGCCAUCGGAUUCCGAAGCCAAUAUGGAGGAACGAAGUUCCAUCUAUAUCGACCAUGAGGCGGAAAGACUGUAUCGUAGAAAAGUGGAUUUCUGGGUGCUGCCUAUGUUAUGCCUAAUGUAUUUCUUUGAUUGCAUGGAUCGAAGCAAUCUGGCAAACGCGAAAACCGAUGGGCUUGAUGAAGAUUUGAAUUUCAGUGGCAAUGACUAUUCGCUUCUCAUUCUUCUCUUCUAUAUCCCAUUUGGUCUAUUCGAUCUACCGUGGAAUCUCUUACUGAAACGAUAUUCCGGCCGGCUUACGCUCUCAUCAAUGUCUGUCGCUUGGGGAAUACUUGCCCUCUGUCAAUGUGCAGCCAAAGGAUUUGGGUCACUCCUCGCCAUUCGGAUCAUUCUGGGUGUUUUUGAGGCCGGGUUUUUCGCUGGGGCGACCUUUUACUUGACCCUUGGCCUGAUUUCAUUCGGUGUAUUCCAAAUUGACAGCCCUACAGUGAAAGGCUGGCAAUGGCUGUUCAUAAUUGAAGGUAGCAUGACACUUUUGAUUGGUAUUCUGGGAUUCUUCAUCCUGCCCGACACGCCACAAAAAGCAUGGUUCUUGACUUCGCAAGAAAAAGAAGCAGCAAUAGCUAGAUUACUUCGAGACUCAUCAUCUGAGGUCGACACGGGGUUUGACCUCAAAGCUUGCUUCCGAUCUUGGAAUGAUUGGAAGUUUCCAAUCUGGUGUAUUAUUACGUUCACAUAUCCAGUUGCUUACGCAACUGCGAUGAAUUUCUUCCCUUUGAUUGUUCAACGUCUAGGCUAUUCUGUUAUCAAAACAAAUCUGUGGACUGUCGCACCAAACCUCGUUGGUGCCAUUGUGCUACUCUGUGUUGCCAAGUCGUCUGACCAUUUCCGCGAGAGAACUUUCCAUAUCGUAUUUUCGUUGGUAGUUUCCCUGGUGGGAAUGAUCAUUUUGGCUACUAUUGAUGUCCUGCAAAACAAAGGGGUAGCUUACUUUGCAUGCUUCUUGAUGGCAGCGGGCGCAUAUAUCCCGUCAUGUCUUGUUCACGCCUGGCACAAUAACAACAACAUUCAUGAGAACUCUCGGGCUGCGAAUACCGGAUUCUUUGUCGGGUUAGGGAAUCUUGCUGGCGUUCUGAGCGCUGCUACUUUCCGAACUGAAUAUGCUCCCAAGUAA